AUGGUUUCGACACGCACUGAGCCUGAGGCAGGUCAUGUUGCGGGAUAUAAGGAUAUGUCGCAUGAAUCUAACACACGGCCCUCUCCUGAUGUGAGGGAAUCGCAUAACGAUGCACAUGCGACUGCGGAGUUGUCGCAAACCCCACUGUCACAGACAGUUGACCACGGCCAGAACAAAACUGUAGAGGGAACGUCGAGUUCCUCUGUGACUGAGUCGGGGCAUGCCGCCUUGCCUCAGAUUCCUCCGACCGAUGGUCUCGAAAACUCCGCAGACAUCUGGGCCGACAGCGUAAAUAGCGAUUUGCGAAAAUACAAUCCGCCUACGCAACCAUUUUCUGCCCAAGGAACGGGACAGACGGAUUCCACCUCUCUAAAUGACCAGACACGGGGUGAGAUACCAACAUCUGGCAUACAGCUACAGUCGAAUAAUCCAUUUCUCAAAGCCAAACUGAGUCGCGAUAGUGGGUGUCUUCUAACUUCAUCAAUUAGACAGCGUUCACUGACCGUAGCUAUAGAAAAUUUGAACACAGCAUCAAAUGCUACUGAGGACCCUUUCGAUAACCCGAAUGCUUCUAUUCAGCCCCAACGUUCCUAUAAUGCCAACCAGAUCUGCGACAAAAUGGGCAACUUGACCCUGGAUUCCUCCGCACGUAAUAAUACUGUUGGCGCUCAUGAUAGCCAAGCCGUCCCUGCUGAAGGUAGGGUGCGCGCGACCCAUGAAGUUACAUCGCCAACGGAAUCCGGGGAUCUGAUCGAUUUAAACUCUCAUGACCACUCAGAACCAGAGACACACUCAGUGAUGCACACUCCUAGCGAGUCUAGUGAUGAGAAAAAAGAUAGAGGCAAAGGAGUGGCCAUUCAAAAUAGUGAACAUCUAGAGCCUGUUGUGACAAACCCAACCGGCCCAUCUCUAGUUCCGGGCAUAGUUGAACCAGCUUCGAGUCCUAAACCUGCAUCCCCUGCGCCGUCAUCUCAACACUCAAGCCAUAAGUCUGAAAUAUAUGAUAUUCGCAUUGUUAAUUGGACAGAUGGAACCACUGAGUUACGCCAGUCGCCAAUUUUGGUGCAAAAUGAAAAUGGGCCAUGUCCACUCCUUGCGUUAGUCAACGGCCUUGUCUUAAGGUCUCCGAUUAAUGCGCAAACGCCGCUUAUCCGGGCAUUGCAUUCUAGAGAAAGGAUAUCUCUAGGAUUGCUCAUACAGGCCCUGUUUGAUGAACUCAUCAGUUCACCAGACGGACAUAAUGAUCUGCCUGAUAUCGAAGCCUUAAGCGUGUUUCUCACAAUGUUGCACACUGGAAUGAACGUAAAUCCACGAUUAACUCCGAUACUACAUCCUCCUACACCUGGAACUUUUCUCAAGACACGAGAUAUUGAACUAUAUAGUACAUUUAACCUCCCGCUAGUCCAUGGCUGGACUGCGGCACCAUCUUCACCAACUCACGAAGCAAUGCUUCGUGUUGCCGAAUAUCACGACGAUAUUCAGUUACUUCAUUUCAAAAGAGAAGAUCUAGAAUCUAGAGCUAUAAAUACCGGGUCGUUAGCUCCAGACGAACAACGACUGUUUGAGGAUAUAGAUACCAUCCAACGAUUUGUGACCGUAGACCACCCUACCCAAUUGAGCCCCUUUGGCCUCCAGCACCUGGAGAGAUCCAUACCAGCGGGUAGCAUAUGUGUGUUAUUCAGGAACGAUCACUUUGCAACACUCUUUAAACACCCGAUAUCUAACCAGCUAUUCACACUGGUUACCGAUGCUGGGUAUGCCGGCCAUGCAGAAAUUGUCUGGGAGAGUCUGGUGGAUGUGAAUGGCACCAACUCGGAGCUAUACUCCGGUGACUUCCGCCCCGUAGGGCAUAGCAGCUCUGCACCUAGCCAGCCUCCGCCAUGCGCAGAAGAGCCAUCUUCGAGGGAGAAUGCGAGUGCUACCGAACAAACAGAUGCAGAUUAUGCCUUUGCCCUCUCGUUACAGUAUGAAGAUGAGCAAACCCGGCGAAACGAGCAAGGUCCUCCACAACCCCCACGCAGGUCACAGAACAACCUCAGAGUAAGCUCUGAAACUACAUCUCCCCGGGGUCGGUCUCAACAUCAAAUCCGGAACACCCGGUCCGCUAGCUUUUCACGACCUAAUUCUGCCCUUCCAUCAACUUUGACCCCCCUCCCCCGUACACCUACUACUCACCGCCCACCCCCAUCAAGGGCUCAAGGCUUCCCUCCAAUGGUUCCACCUGCCACUAACCAAAAUAAUCCCGUCAAUGACCCUAAUGCCCCUCCCCCGACCUAUGAGCAAGCUGCUCAAGAACCAGCAUAUAUCCCACCACCUAAUGGGCCCUUGCACCCUCAGCAGCAGCAGCAGCAGCAGCAACCCUAUAACGGUCCUAUGGGCCCAAAUCCUCAAUAUAAUCGAAUGUCGGGAUAUGGUCCAAGUCCACACAUGCCUGGCAGGAGACGACAAUACCCUGGCUCGCUGUCAACCUCUUCAUUACCCCAUCGUGACGAUUACUAUAGAGAAAGAGAUAGGAAUAAAGAUUGCAUUGUGAUGUGA